UUGUAAUAUUUGACGUAGGAAAUCUUUAAAAAUAUCAAACUAUAUUUGUAUAAUUGUCUUUAGUAGAAGUAAAAUAAAAAUAUAGUUUAACACUUUCUUUAUAUAUUUCAAAAAAUAUUAAUUUAAUCUGAAAAUAUAAAACAAUUUUUAUACCUAUCCAACCUUAUAAACUAAAUAAAAAUAUCAAAAAUGGAGGAUGCUGAACUACAAGCCUUACGUCAACAAAGAUUAAAUCAACUCCAAACGGAAAAUGCCGGUGCUGAUAAAAAUGCUCAAAAACAAGAGCAACUUCAACAACAAGAAAUGAUGAAAAAUUCUAUAUUAUCACAAGUUUUAGAUCAGGAAGCUAGAGCGCGGUUAAAUACUUUAAAACUAAGUAAGCCGGAAAAAGCCCAAGGGGUUGAAGCGAUGAUAAUACGUAUGGCUCAAAUGGGCCAAUUAGGAGGAAAAUUAGACGAUACGCAAUUUGUUUCGUUAUUGAAUCAAGUAAAUGCCCAAAUGCCAUCACAAAAGUCAACAGUUAAAUACGAUAGGAGAAGAGCUGCAAUUGAUUCAGAUGAUGAAGAUUAUGGUUGCUAAUGAAAAAA